CAGCUCUUGCUAUCGAUUUUUUCUUCUCUAACAACAAGCUAAGAAUAAUAUCUACAUACCUAACACCUAAUAAUCCCUCUAUAAAUAAACAGAUACAACAGAAAGUCAUCCUCUGGACCAAGGAAGCAGUGAAAAACAAAAUUCACCCAAUGAUACUAGGAGACUUUAACUAUGACAUAAUUAAGCACAAGACACCUAAACCUAACUACUAUAACUACUUUGAAGCUAUAAAUUUAGUUCCUCUAAUUAAUACUUACUAUCCAAAUACACCUACCUGGACUCGAUUACCUUCACAAAGCCAAAUUGAUGAAAUUUGG